UUUCCUGUAGACUCCGAGGGCAUGGCCACCAGCUGUUCUCAGAGGGAGGCUCAGACCCGUCUUCCACCCUUUCUAGGACUUUAGGGCUCCCUGUUCCAUCUGGCCUGGUGGCAGCAGCCUGCUCCAGGAAGUUGGCAUAAUCUAUGUGACAGGUGGCCCAGGGUGUGUCCUGAAGGGUCAAGAAGCUCUGCUAUAUAGCCCAGCCCUCAAGCUGGCUCUGCAGCUCCAGGGACCUGCAGACAUGGGUUCCCUGUGGAGCUGGUGGACACUGUGGGCCGGAACAAUCCUCCUGUGGGGGCUAACCCAGGAAGCCCGAGUGGACCCCAGGAACUCUGGGGGGGAGGAAUUCCUCACAGCUUUCCUGCAGAAUUACCAGCCUGGGUACAGCACGCCCCACCUCUACUUCUUCAUCUCCAGUCUGUCAGAGAACCCUGCUUUGGUCUCCAUCCUCAGCCGGGCAGAUAACACUUCGAAGAAGGUCACAGUGAGGCCCGGGGAGUCGGUCAUGGUCAACAUCAGUGCCAAGGCUGAGAUGACCGGCAGCAGUACCUUCAGGAGCGCGGUGGUGGUCCACUCCGACCACACCAUCGCUGUGCAGGCAUUAAAUACUAAGCCCAACACAGCGGAACUGACUCUGCUGCGGCCUGUCAACGCCCUGGGCACUGAGUACUUUGUGCUCACUCCCCCUGGCACCUCAGCCAAAAAUGUCAAGGAGUUUGCUGUGGUGGCUGGUGCGGCGGGGGCCUCAGUCAGAAUCAACCUGAAGGGGUCGGUGACAUUCAAGGGCAAUUUCUACCCCGCUGGCAAUGUCCUCAGUGUGACUCUGCAGCCCUAUGAGGUGGCCCAGCUACAGAGCACAGCUGAUAUGUCAGGGUCAAAGGUCACAGCCAGUCACCCCGUGGCGGUCCUCUCUGGCCACAGCUGUGCCCAGAAGCACACAACCUGCAACCACGUCAUGGAGCAGCUGCUGCCCACGUCUGCCUGGGGCACACAAUACGUGGUCCCCCCUCUGGCCUCCCAGUCCCGCUUCGAUCUGGCCUACGUUGUAGCCAGCCAGACCACGAAGCUGACCUACAACCACGGGGGUACCACCGGCUCCCGCGGGCUCCAGAUGGGUGACGUGGUUGAGUUUGAGGUUCGGCCAACCCGGCCACUCUACCUGCAUGCAGAUGUGGGGAUCCAGGUGCUGCUGUUCGGCACAGGUGCCGUAAAGAAUGAAGUGGUCUAUGACCCUUACCUGGUCCUGAUCCCAGAUGUGGCAGCCUAUUGCCCUGCCUAUGUGAUCAAGACUGUACCAGGCUCAGAGGGGGUGGCCGUGAUGGUAGCCCAGACAAAGGCCGUUGAUGGGCUGACUGUGGAUGGGCACACGCUGGGGGCCAAAUUCACCUGGGCGCCUGUGCCAGGCAGUGAGUUCUCCUAUGCCGAAGUGGACCUCGGCACUGGUGACACCAUCCACAUGGCUGAGGCUGCUGCCAACUUCGGGUUGCUCACCUUCGGGCUGGCCCAGGCUGUGGGCUACGGGACAGCAUCUGCCUGCGGCCGGACCACGCUGCCCACCGCGGAGCCCUCCUGCCAAGGCGUGCAGUGUGCGGCCGGGCAGCGCUGCCUGGUGUCAGGCGGCAAAGCCAAGUGCGUGGCGCAGUCCACGGCCGUCUGCCGCGCCCAGGGCGACCCCCAUUACACCACCUUCGACGGCCGUCGCUACGACAUGAUGGGCACCUGCACCUACACGAUGGCGGAGGUGUGCGGAAUGGACCACACCCUGCCGGCCUUCAGCGUGGAGGCCAAGAACGAGCACCGGAGCAGCCGCCUCGUCUCCUACGUGGGCCUGGUGACCGUGCGCGCCUACAGCCACUCGGUGACGCUGGCCCGCGGGGAGGUCGGCUUCGCGCGGAUCGACAACCAGCGCUCUCGCCUGCCGGUCUCCCUGAGCAACAACCGCCUGCGCGUGUACCAGAGCUGGACACGGGCCGUGGUGGAGCUGGACUUUGGGCUGGUGGUCACCUAUGACUGGGACUGCCAGCUGACAGUGAGCCUGCCCGAGCGCUUCCAAGACCAGGUGUGCGGGCUGUGUGGCAACUAUAAUGGCGACCCCGCUGACGACUUCCUCACGCCCGAGCUGGAGCAGGCUGCUGACCCCGAACAGUUUGCCAGUAGCUGGAGGCUGGAUGAUGGGGACUACCUGUGUGAGGAUGGCUGCCAGAAAAACUGUCCUGCCUGCACCCCAGGCCAGGCCCAGCACUACGAGGGCAGCCCUCUCUGCGGCAUGCUGACCCUGCCUGAAGGCCCCUUCGCAGCCUGCCACGAAUCCCUGGACCCCCAGCCCUUCCUGGAAGAUUGCGUGUAUGACCUGUGUGUGACUGGAGGGGAGCGGCUCAGCCUGUGUCGCAGCCUCAGCGCCUAUGUCCAGGCCUGUGUGGAGCUGGGCAUCUCUGUUGGGGACUGGAGGUCACCAGCCAACUGCCCCAUGUCCUGCCCAGCUAACAGCCGCUACGAGGUCUGCAGCCCCGCUUGCCCGGCCACCUGCAACUCCCAGGCAGUGCCAUCCAACUGCUCGGAGCGCCCGUGCGUGGAGGGCUGCGUGUGCCUGUCCGGCUUCGUGGUCAGCGGCGGCGCCUGCGUGCCGGCCUCGUCCUGCGGCUGUGUCUACGAGGGCCGCCCGCUGGCGCCCGGCCAGGAGGUGUGGGGCGACAACCUGUGCCGCUCGCGUUGCACCUGCGACGGCUCCACCCAGAAGGUCACCUGCCGCGACACUCAGGGCUGCCCUCCGGGCGAGCGCUGCCGUGUGGAGAACGGCCUCCUGGGUUGCUACGCCGACAACUUUGGGAGCUGUCAGGCGUCUGGGGACCCGCACUACAUCAGCUUCGACGGCCGGCGCUUCGAUUUCAUGGGCACCUGCGUCUACCUGCUGGUGGGCUCCUGUGGCCAGAACGAGGCACUGCCCACCUUCCGCGUGCUGGUGGAGAACGAGCAUCGCGGCAGCCAGACCGUGAGCUACACACGGGCCGUGCGGGUGGAGGCCCGCGGAGUGAAGGUGGCCCUGCGCCGGGAGUACCCGGGACAAGUGCUGGUGGACGGUAUCCUUCAUUACCUGCCCUUCCAGGCCGCAGACGGGCAGGUGCAGGUGUUCCGCCAGGGCAACGACGGUGUCGUGUGCACUGACUUUGGCCUGACUGUCACCUACAACUGGGACGCCCAAGUGACUGCCAAGGUGCCUGGCAGCUACGCCGAGGCCCUGUGUGGGCUGUGCGGGAACUUCAACGGGGACCCGGCCGACGAUCUGGCUCUGCGGGGCGGAGGCCAAGCUGCCAACGCCCUGGACUUCGGGAACAGCUGGCAGGAGGAGACCAUUCAAGGCUGCGGGGCCAGUAACCCCGGUGACUGUCCCACGCUGGACUCUAUGGUGGCCGAGCAGCUGCAGAGCAAGAAGGAGUGCGGGAUCAUUGCUGACCCCAACGGGCCCUUCCGGGAGUGUCACGACGCGCUGGACCCGCAGGGUGCGGUGCGCGACUGUGUCUACGACCUCUGCCUGCUGCCGGGCCAGUCCGGGCUGCUGUGUGACGCGCUGGCCACAUACGCCGCUGCUUGCCAGGCUGCGGGCGCCACGGUGCAUCCCUGGAGGACCGAGGAGCUUUGCCCGCCGAGCUGUCCUCCUCACAGCCACUAUGAGCCGUGUUCUUACGGCUGCCCGCUGUCCUGCGGGGACCUCCCGGUGUCCGGGGGCUGUGGUUCAGAAUGCUUUGAGGGCUGCGUGUGUGAUGACGGCUUCGCCCUCAGUGGUGAGUCCUGCGUCCCACUGGCCUCUUGCGGCUGUGUACAUCAAGGCAUCUACCACCCUCCGGGCCAGACCUUCUACCCUGGGCCUGGCUGUGACUCCCUCUGCCACUGCCAGGCGGGCGGCCUGGUGUCCUGUGAGCCUUCCAGCUGUGGCCCGCACGAGGCCUGCCAGCCCUCCAAUGGCGUCCUGGGCUGCGUGCCUGUGGGCUCUACCACCUGCCAAGCAUCGGGAGACCCCCACUACACCACCUUCGACGGCCGCCGCUUCGACUUCAUGGGCAUGUGUGUGUACGUGCUGGCUCAGACCUGUGGGACCCAGCCCGGCCUGCACAACUUCACCGUCCUGCAGGAGAACGCGCCCUGGGGCAAUGGGCACGUCAGCGCCACCAGGGUGAUCACGGUCAUCGUGGGUAACUACACCCUUCGACUGGAGCAGAACCAGUGGAAAGUCAGGGUGAACGGUGUGGACAUGAAGCUGCCUGUGGAACUGGCUGGGGGUCAGAUCCGUGUCUUCCAGCACGGCUCGGACGCUGUGAUCGAGACCGACUUUGGCCUGCGUGUGGCCUAUGACCUCGUCUACUAUGUGCGGGUCACUGUCCCAGGCAACUACUAUAAGCAGAUGUGUGGCCUGUGUGGAGACUACAACGGUGACCCCAAGGAUGACUUCCAGAAGCCCGAUGGCUCCCAGGCAGCCAACCCCAAUGAGUUCGGCAACUCCUGGGAGGAGCCGGUGCCGGAUUCCCCCUGUGAGCCCACGCCAGACUGCAGUCCCGGGGAGGAGGGCUGCGAGGAGCAGUGCAGCUCCGAGCUGGAGGAGAAGUACCAGAAGGAGGAGUUCUGCGGCCUGCUGUCCAGCCCCGAGGGCCCGCUGGCUGCCUGCCACGAGUUGAUCGAUCCCCAGGGCCCCUUGCGGGACUGUGUCUUCGAUCUCUGCCUGGGUGGCGGGAACCUGAGCAUCCUCUGUCACAACAUCCAUGCCUACGUGAGCUCCUGCCAGGCGGCUGGAGGCCAGGUGGAGCCCUGGAGAACCGACUCUUUCUGCCCGAUGGAGUGCCCCCACAACAGCCACUAUGAGCUCUGCGCCGACGUCUGCUCGCUGGGCUGCUCGGCUCUCAGUGCCCCACUGCAGUGCCCGGAUGGGUGUGCUGAGGGCUGUGAAUGUGACUCUGGCUUCCUCUACAAUGGCCAAGCCUGCGUGCCCAUCCAGGAAUGCGGCUGCUACCACAAUGGCGCUUACUAUGAGCCAGAGGAGAAGGUACUCAUUGACAACUGCAAGCAGAAGUGUGUGUGCCAUGCAGGCAAAGGCAUGGUGUGCCAGGACCACAGCUGCAACCCAGGGGAGGUGUGCGAGCCCUCAGGCGGCAUCCUGAGCUGCGUCAAAAAAGAUCCAUGCCAUGGUGUGACGUGCCGGCCACAGGAGACAUGCAAAGAGCAGGAUGGCCAGGGCGUGUGCGUGCCCAAGUCCCAGGUCACCUGCUGGCUGUGGGGCGACCCCCACUACCACUCCUUCGAUGGCUGGGAAUUUGACUUCCAGGGCACUUGUGACUACGUGUUGGCAGCAGUGGGCUGCCCAGGGGUCAGUGCUGAGGGCCUGACACCCUUCACGGUCACCACCAAGAAUGAGAACCGCGGCAACCCUGCCGUGUCCUACGUGAAGCGCGUCACCGUGUCUGCCCUUGGCACCAACAUCUCCAUCCAUAAGGGCGAGAUCGGCAGAGUCCGGGUGAACAAUGUUUUGACAGCCUUGCCUGUCUCUGUGGCCGGCGGGCGGAUUUCGGUGACCCAUGGCCCCGGAAAGGCCGUGUUGGUGACUGACUUCGGGCUUCAAGUCAGCUACGACUGGGACUGGCGGGUAGAGGUGACGCUGCCCAGUAGCUACCACAGUGCGGUGUGCGGGCUAUGUGGGAACAUGGACCAAAAUCCCAGCAAUGACCGAGUCUUCCCUAACGGCACCCUGGCGCCCUCAAUACCCACCUGGGGCGGCAGCUGGCGAGUUCCAGGCUGGGACCCAUUUUGCUGGGACGAAUGUCAGGGGUCCUGCCCAACGUGCUCUGAGAACCAACAGGAAAAGUAUGAGGGUCCCGGCUUCUGCGGGCCUCUGGCCCCCGGCUCAACAGGCCCUUUUGCCGCCUGCCACUCCCACGUGCCACCCGAAAGCUUCUUCGAGGGCUGUGUCCUGGAUGUCUGCCUGGGUGGUGGGGCCCAGGACAUACUUUGCCAGGCGCUGGCUGCCUAUGCUGCUGCCUGCCAGGCCGCUGGGGUCACCAUUGGGGACUGGAGAACGCAGGCGGGCUGUGAGAUGGCCUGCCCUGACAACAGCCACUACGAGCUCUGUGGCUCACCCUGCCCAGCCAGCUGCCCAUCCCCCUCCCCUCCCUCGACCCCAGCUGCAUGUGAGGGUCCCUGCACCGAGGGCUGCCAGUGUGACGAAGGCUUCGUGUUGAGUGCUGAGCACUGCGUCCCCCUGGAUGGAGGCUGUGGCUGCUGGGCCAAUGGCACCUAUUAUGAGCCUGGCAGCGAGUUUUGGGCUGAUGGUACCUGCUCUCGGCUGUGCCACUGUGGACCUGGGGGUGGCUCACUGAUCUGCGCAUCUGCCAGCUGUGGGCUCGGCAAAGAGUGUGCUUUGCUGCCUUCUGGCCAGUACGGCUGCCAACCGGUCAGCACAGUUGAGUGCCAAGCCUGGGGCGACCCCCAUUAUGUCACCCUGGAUGGGCACCGAUUCGACUUCCAAGGCACCUGUGAGUACCUGCUGAGCGCACCCUGCGAUACACCGCCCAAGGGCACUGAGAACUUCACCGUCACCGUUGCCAAUGAACACCGGGGCAGCCAGGCAGUCAGCUACACUCGCAGCGUCACGCUACAUGUGUACGGCCAUGCCCUGACCCUCAGCGCCCGCUGGAAAAGGCAGCUACAGGUGGAUGGCACGGUCGUAGCUCUGCCUUUCCAACUCGACUCGCGCCUGCAUGCCUACGUGAGCGGUAACGAUGUGGUGGUGACCACGGACUUCGGGCUCUCACUGUCUUUCGACGGGGACAGCUUUGUACGGCUGCACGUGCCAGCGGCUUACGCGGGCGCCCUCUGUGGCCUGUGCGGUAACUACAACAAGGAUCCCUCUGACGAUCUGGCCGCGGUGGAAGGGAAGCCCGACCGCUGGCAGGUGGGCGGCGACGCCGGCUGCGGGGAGUGUGUGCCCGGGCCUUGUCCAGAGCCCUGCACUGCAGAGGAGCAGGAGGCCUUCGCCGGCCCCAAAGCCUGUGGCGUGAUUUCCGCCCCCGAUGGCCCGCUGGCACCCUGCCACACCCUGGUGCCACCUGAACACUACUUCAAGGCUUGUUUGCUGGAUGCCUGCCAGGCUCAGGGCCAUCCGGGAGGCCUCUGUCCGGCAGUGGCCACCUACGUGGCAGCCUGCCAGGCCGCUGGGGCCCAACUCGGCGAGUGGAGGCGACCGGACUUCUGUCCCCUCGAAUGCCCUGUCAACAGCCACUAUGAGCUCUGCGGUGACUCCUGCCCUGUCAGCUGCCCAAGCCUCUCAGCGCCCGAGGGCUGCGAACCCACCUGCCGGGAGGGCUGUGUCUGCAACUCUGGCUUCGUGCUUAGCGGGGACACUUGUGUGUCCGUGGGCCAGUGUGGCUGUCUCUAUGAUGGCCGCUACUACCCCCUGGGCGCAGCUUUCUACCCAGGCCCUGAGUGUGAGCGACGCUGUGAGUGUGGGCCAGGCGGCCAGGUCAGCUGCCAGGAAGGCCUGGCUUGUGGGCCCUAUGAGGAGUGCCGGGUAGAGAAUGGCGUCCAGGCCUGCCAUCCCACGGGCUGUGGCCGCUGCCUGGCCAGUGGGGGCAUCCACUACCUCACCCUUGAUGGACGCGUCUAUGACCUGCAUGGCUCCUGCUCCUAUGUGUUGGCCGAAGUCUGCCAUCCAAACCCUGGCGAUGAGGACUUUUCCGUUGUGCUUGAGAAGGACAAGGCUGGAGAACCCCAACGGGUGCUGGUUACUGUGGCCGGCCAGGUUGUGAGCCUGGCUGGAGGGCCGAAGGUCACUGUGGAUGGCGAAGAUGUGACCCUGCCUGUGGCCGUGGGCCGUGUGCGGGUGACUGCCGAAGGCCGAAACAUGAUUCUGCAGACCACCAAGGGGCUGCGGGUUCUCUUUGAUGGUGACGCCCACGUCCUCAUGUCCAUCCCUAGCCCUUUCCGCGGCCGGACCUGCGGCCUCUGCGGGAACUUCAACGGCAAUUGGAGCGACGACUUUGUCCUGCCGGAUGGCAAGGUGGCCCCCAGCGUGGAGGCCUUUGGAACGGCAUGGCGGGCCCCCGAUUCCUCCUCGGGCUGCAGCGAGGGCUGUGGGUCCCAGGGCUGCCCCGUGUGCUUGGCAGAGGAGACAGCCACCUACGAGAGCAACGAGGCCUGCGGGCGGCUCCAGGACGAGCAGGGCCCCUUCUCGGCCUGCCACGAGGUGAUCAGUCCUUCUGAGUACUUCCGCCAAUGUGUGUACGACCAGUGUGCCUCAAAGGGUAACGUCGCCUUCCUCUGCCGAAGCCUGGCAGCCUACACGGCAGACUGUCAGGCAGCUGGUGCGACUGUGAAGUCCUGGAGAACAGACAGCUUCUGCCCACUCCAGUGCCCGGCCCACAGCCACUACUCGGUCUGCACCUACUCCUGCCAGACCUCCUGCGCAGCUCUCUCCGACCUCACAGGCUGCACCACCCGCUGCUUUGAGGGUUGUGAGUGUGAUGACCGCUUCCUGCUCUCCCAGGGUGUUUGUAUCCCUGCCCAAGACUGUGGCUGCACCCAUAAUGGCAGAUACUUGCCGGUGAACUCUACCCAGCUCACGCCAGACUGCAGUGAGUGCUGUUCGUGUUCCCCAAGCACUGGCCUGACGUGCAAGGCUGCUAGCUGUCCAGCAGGCAAAGUCUGUGCUCUCCAGGAAGGAUCCUGGGCCUGCCAGCCUGCCCGUGGGCUCUGUUCCCUCUCCAAGGGGGCCAACUUCACCACCUUCGAUGGUGCCCACAGUACUGUUAACUCCCCUGGCAUCUAUGAGCUCUCAUCCCGUUGCCCAGGACUACAGAAUAGCAUCCCCUGGUACCGUGUGGUCGCUGAUGUCCAAACCUGCGAACACAAUGGCAAGGCUGUGAGCAAGAUCCACAUCUUCUUCCAGGACGGGGUAGUGACUGUGAACCCAAGCAAGGGCGUCUGGGUGAAUGGCCUACAUGUGGACCUCCCAGCUGAAGUGUUAACAUCUGUGUCAGUCAAACGGGCUGUUGAUGGUUCCACGCUAGUAAGCCAGAAGGCAGGAGUCCAGGUGCAGCUGGGAAGCGACGGGCGUGUGGAUGUGAUGGUCAAUGAUGACCAUGCUGGCAUGCUAUGUGGGGCCUGUGGAAACUUCGAUGGAGAACCGAACAAUGACUUCCAAGGGGAAACGAUGGAGAAAUGGGUAGCACCAGACUUCUCCUCAUGUGACAACUCAUCAGUCAUCCACUAGGAAUGAAGACUUCAAGACCUGACAUCUUGGAGAUUACAAUGGUUGAAGGAUGCACCGCGUACCCCUGUCCUGCUCUGUUCCUUUGCUGAGCCACUGAAGCCAAAUGUGAGAGAAUUUAAUAAAUAUCUGAAGCCAAGCCGCA